AUGAUGCAAUAUAACACCGCCCUUAGUUGCUAUGAAAACGCUACAAUGGAGAGGCCCAUGUAUGUUAAACUUGAAGGAGAUAUAAAUCAAGAUGUGGCAUAUUACAAGAAGGCUUUAUAUUAUAAUUGGCACUAUGCCGACACUAUGUAUAAUCUUGGUGUUGCUUAUGGUGAGAUGUUGAAGUUUGAAAUGGCAAUUGUGUUUUAUGAACUCGCUUUCCACUUCAAUCCUCAUUGUGCGGAGGCAUGCAACAAUUUAGGCAUAAUAUACAAAGACCGAGAUAACCUUGAUAAAGCUUUGGAGUGUUAUCAAGCAAAUUCCGAUACUAGUACAAGUUGA